AUGUGUGGCGGCGUUUUCGUCAAGCGCCCGCGCGGUUGUCUGAGCGCGCGCGACCGCCUCCCGCAGCGCCGCCUCGCGCGUCUGCAGAGCCGUGGACAACUCCUCCCGCUCGGCGCCCAGUUGAGCAAUCGCCUCCCGCAACGAUUCCAGCUCUUGCGCGUCCUUGGCGGCUUGAGCCUCGUACCGGGCCUGCUGCGACUUCAGCUCCGACUGCAGGGCUACGACUUUGGCGAGAUAGGUCUCGAGAACGUGCGCCUUUCCCGCUUCUAA